CAGUUCUCAGCCGUUCGGGUGUUUUCUCCGGAGAGGAGAGCAACUGCGAACCAAAGAAGGGAGCUUUUUGCCUCUGCAUCUCUCUCUCUCUCUCUCUCCGGAGAGAAGAGAGAGAGCGACUAGGAACCAAAGAAGGGAGCUUUUUGCCUUUCCAUCUCUCUCCGUGGAAUCUAAGCAGCCUCCAAUAUCAAAUCUUUCUCUUGCAAAGGUGUUAUUUAUUCUGACGUCAUCAAAUUCCUGAAGCUUUUGCACCGAGGUGACCUUGUGAGGCCAGGAGGCGAGAUGCAAGACGAAACAGGACACAAGGUGGAAACAAUUAUAGGCCAUUCCCAGAAACUUCAGGAUGAUUUACAAAAGCUGGGAUUAAAGAUCAAGCAUCACGAGGACAACCUGAAAUUUCUAAAGACUCAGACAAACAACCUAGAAGAAUCCAUUCUUGAUUUGCAAGUUAGUCUUGCAAGGUAUUACUCAUCAAGCACCACUGAGGCUGAGAGUCAGAAUCUUAACCAUGCACAGACUGAGCAGAGCACCAUUGAACAGAUACUGCAGCAGGAGAAAACAGCAGCUGCUGUACUAUGUCAAUUGAAAGCUCGUCAUGGGACCCAAUCAUCAAAUUCGCCCUUAACCAAGGAUGUGCUGGGUAUCGUAGCUACCCUUGGCAAAGUACAUGAUGAUAAUCUUAGCAGGCUCUUCUCAGAGUACUUGGGAUUGGAAAAUAUGCUGGCAAUUGUAUGCAAAACAUAUGAAGGUGUUAAAGCUCUCGAGAUGUAUGACAGAGACGGCAUGAUUGAUAAGAGUGCGGGGCUUCAUGGGCUUGGGCCUUCUAUUGGAAGGCCCGUGGAAGGCAGAUUUCGUGUCAUUUGUCUUGAAGAUUUACGACCGUAUGUCGGCAAGUUUGUAGCUGGGGAUCCACAAAAAACGAUUGCUUUACUGAAACCUAGAUUACCAAACGGGGAGUGUCCACCUGGCUUUAUAGGUUUUGCUGUGAAUAUGAUCAAUGUGGAUACUAUGAACUUAUAUUGUCUAACGACCAGUGGGCAUGGCCUCAGGGAGACUUUAUUUUAUCAUCUUUUUUCCCGUUUGCAAGUGUAUAGAACCAGAGACGACAUGCGACUUGCUGCUCCUUGCAUAAGUGAUGGUGCCAUAUCUUUAGAUGGUGGAAUGAUGAAGAGUCCCGGUGUAUUUUUCCUAGGCAGUAGAAAAGAUAUCGAUGUGAGAUUUCCAGUAAACUCAGGACACUCAUAUCUACAUGUGGACAUUGUUAAAACUGAGGAGCAGAUCAAGCAAAUGACAUGGGAAAAGGAAAGAAUUGACGAAGAUAUGAAAAGAGAAGAAGACUUAUUAAGCAAUGCGAAAGGCAGUUUUGACUAUAAAAAGCAAGAGUUUAUGAAGUUCCUUGGCAGGAGCUCAUCGUACGUGACUCAGAAUUAAGCUCAGGCUACACGAGAUGGAAAAGUCCCGAACUGAGUUGUGGGUGAGAUAAAUUGAUUUCUUACAAACCCAGAGUCGAUUAGGGUGAGCUUCAAACACCGUCCGUUGGUUCUUACCACAAUUUCUUCAUAUGGAAAUAGCUAUCCACUUCUCAUGCUAGGAGGAAAAAAAGAAGCAUAUCCAAAGCUAAGAUAUCAUCACAUGAGCCAGAGAGGGAAUUUAAAAAUUCAUCAGGAAGAGUGAGUGAUUAAGCGGAAUAAGUCUCUCUUUCCAAAUGCUUCAUAAAUUCAGAUUGUGGAAUUCUUACAGCUAACUUGAAUUAGGGAAUGUCUGUAAUCUUUAUUCUCAUUCAUGGCACACCACGUUGUGAUUGAAUUGAAAAACGAUAAGAAAGCAUGCAAUUUCAAGGA